UGAUAGGGAAUCUUAUGAGUUAGGAAAGCUUUCAAAAUCAAAUAUUAUAAUAAUAAAUUUAAUUAUAGAAUGUCUAUCGAAGCUUUGAUGGAGCAGAUUCGAGAAUUAAAGUAUAUAUUUUAUAUAUUAUAUAGAUGGAUCAUUUUUUAAAAGUAUAAUCCUAGUUUAUUAAAUGUUUCAAUAAUCUUAUACGUCAUUAAAAUAAUAAGAAAAAAUCUGGUAUAAUAGUGCUGCCAUAUUAGGGAGCUCAAUUUUAUGUACAAUACUAAAUUAAAUUUAUCAAGGUCCACUUUAAGGAUGAAAUAAAUCUAAAAAAGGCUAAAGUCUUGGAAUCUACCGAUAGUAACUUUGGACAGUUCUCCUUAUUAAAGCCCUAACUACCUUUCAUGCCUUGUAUUGCUUUAAUGAUAUUUAGUUUCGCCAUUCCAAACUAUACCGCCUCAUUAUUCUUAAGAACUGUUACUCUAAAGGAUGAAUCCCAUUAUGUAAAGUCAAGAUAGAUUUCCUGCUCAGCCCAAACAAACUAACUAACAAGCAAAACACUUUAAGGUGAAGGAUAAAUUUAUUGUUUUUUCAGGUAAGGCUGAAGAAUCACAAUCAUAUCACUCUGAAGAUUAAGAUUAUGAUGGGAAGUCAGAUCAUUCUUUCUCUAUUAGAAAGUCAAAGAAGAUCAAUAAAGUCAAUGACACUAAAAAUAUCACCAAAAACUUUUCAAAGGCUAUCAUAAGUUACAUCACUCAAAACAAAGACAUAGGAUUAAGGUUGUUGGAUGCUAGAGAGUUUGAAGAUUUUAUGUCAAUACUGAAGGAGAAGAAAAACAAGAUGACAAAUAUCCAAUAAUUAAGGGAAUUGUGGGUAGAUUGUGAUAAUGAAAAACUAAAGUAAUUCAAUCAUACCUUUAGAAUAUUUAGGUAUAGCAAUUUAAUUAAUUUAAUAGUCAAUAUUUCUUAAGGUAACAGUCAGUUGCGUACAUCUAUAAUUCUCGAAUCAUGAAUACAGGAUGGCACUUAAAAUAUAGAUAUAAUUUGCUACGAGCACUAAGAGAACCCUAAAAUUUCAAAUACAUUAAAGAUAUUUGAAAUAAGAUGUAUAUCUAUAAAACACAG